AUGGUUGUCUCAAAACAAUAUAUUGAAAAAGUAUUGCAGAGAUUCAAUAUGGAGAAGGCCAAUAAUGUUUCUACACCUCUUGCAACACAUUUUAAAUUGAGUUCAGAACUUUGUCCUUCUAACAAUGAUGAGAAAGAAGAUAUGAAGAAUAUUCCUUAUAGUUUUGCUGUUGGAAGUCCUAUGUAUUCCAUGGUUAGCACAAGACCAUAUAUUGCUCAUGUCGUUGGCACUGUGAGUAGGUUCCUUUCCAAUCCAGGAAAAGAACAUUGGGAAGCUGUCAAAUGGAUAUUGAGAAAUCUUCGAGGUACAUCAAGUUUGAGACUUUGCCUUGGGAAUGAGAGUCCGUAUUUAGUUGGUUAUACCAACUCUGAUAUGGCAGAUGAUCUGUUACCUGCAAAAUAUGUUAACAAUUUAGGGAACGGGGUUUUUGAUUAUAUGAAUUUCCUUGAGUCGCUUACAAAUUGCAGCAAAUUGGAAGUAUUGAGCACAGAUAACAACCAAUUUAGAGGAGUGCUUCCCGAUUUUGUAGGGAAUCUAUCAUCAAAUAUGCAUUUCUUUGCACUUUCUGCAAACCAACUGCAUGGCAGGAUUCCUCCAACAAUAGGAAACAUUAGAUUUUCCCACGGACAAAAUCAACUUUCGGGUACUAUUCCAGAUUCAAUUGGUAAUUUUUCUUUGGUGAAUGAGCUCUAUUUCAAUAAAAAUAACCUUGAGGGGACGAUACCUUCCAGUUUUGGCAACUACCAAAGCUUAGUGUUAUUGAGUCUUCAACAAAACAACCUGAGUGGAACCAUUCCCAAAGAACUUUUCCAAGUUUCAUCUCUAUCGAUUUUGCUCGACUUAUCUGACAAUAAUCUGUCUGGCCCACUUCCUUCAGAGAUCGGAGACCUCAAAAGUUUGGUGGCGUUAGAUAUCUCUAAUAAUAAAUUGUCCGGUGAGAUCCCUAGCAGUAUAAGCAGUUGUACCAUCCUCGAAUUCCUAUUCCUUCUAGGAAACAUGCUCCAAGGAUCUAUUCCCAUGUCGAUGGAAUUCAUGAGAGGACAUCAAUUUCUUGACCUGUCGAGCAAUAAUCUAUCAGGACAAAUCCAAACUUUCCUGGAGAAACUUUCCUUGAUCAAACUUAACUUGUCCUUCAAUGAUUUUGGAGAAUUGCCUUUACACGGGGCUUUUGCAAAAUCAACAGUAUCCGUGUAUUGGAAUGAUAAGCUAUGCGGCGGAAUAUCUUCUCUACAACUUCCAAGAUGUCCUGUCAAGAAACUUAAUCGUAACUUCUUCUUUUCAUCCAAACGUAUCUAUGCAAUCGUGGGUGCUUCAAUACUAAGAAUACUAAUCCUAAUUUCAAGCUUGGUGUUUUACUUGCGGAAAAGGAAAAGGGAAUCCACCAACACUUUGGAUUUGUUGCCCAAUGAGUCUUUCGUGUAA